UCGUAAGCCUCUUAGAGGAUCAACACAUUCAGUGCAGUGAAGUGUAGUGUGUGAUUUUGAGUGAAAAUCAAAAUAUUAUCAAACACAUAAUAUUAUAUCUCUUAUAUUGAGGAAGUACUAAUUCUAAACAAGCUAUUUCGCAAUGCGUUCUUUUGUAUUACUCGCUUGUUUGGCAACAAUUGCCGCCGUGAGUGCUGCGCCACAAUUCGGUUACGGUUAUGGCGCUCAGCCAGCCGCCAGCAGUUUCGUACCUUCAACACGUGGUGGCGAGAAGUAUUUACCGCCCGCCACAACAACACCAGCACCCAGCGUACACAAGCAAUUCUACUUGAUUUCAGCGCCGGAAGACACUGAGGGCGCUAGCAAACCAAAACACCUGGUCAUCGGACGUCCACAGAAGAACUAUCGUGUCGUCUUCAUUAAGGCACCAAACUCUGAUAACAGCAACCUCAAACUGUCAGCCGAAUUCGCACCGCAAGAGGAGAAGACCGUCAUUUAUGUGCUCAGCAAAAAGGAUAACGAGCUCACAGCCAAUGACUUUGCCACACCAGCACCAACGGUGCCCAGCAAACCCGAAGUAUUCUUCAUCAAGUACAAGACACCCGAGGAAGCUGAGGCGGCACAGAAAGAAAUUCAAGACCAAUACGACCAAUUGGGCGGCACUAAGGAAUUCUCUGAUGAAGGUACCGCUCCUGUGGCUUCGGUUAUCGGCUCUUUGGACGGUAUUGCUCCCGAUGGCAGCUACAACUACAGAGCCAUUGCUGCCCCACCAGAGGAACUCGGCAGCGCGUCCUCACCACUUAGCCAGUACCUGCCAGCUGCGGCGCGUCUGUAAGACAACGCUUCAAAUGCAACUGGAUUUGUUAGAAUUGUUCUGUUGUUAUUUGUUAACAUUGCAUUGCGUAAUACGUGGCAUAAAGCCGAAAACUCAUUGAUUAAUUGUUAAUUAUAAUUCAUUGUUAUUACUUUUUAUUGUUUUUUUAUUUACGAAAAUUA